UUUUCAGUUUUUUUCGAUUUGGAGGUUCUGUUAAUUUUAAUAUUGAUUGAGUACAAAUUUAUAAUAUAAAUUCGUGAUUUAUUUGUGUAUUAGUGUACGAAUAUAAUAAAAAAUACAUUGUGUGUGCAGUGGAAUAAAAAUAAAUCCCAUCUUAUGCUUGCUUGGGAUUGUGCAAAAUGGCGGCGAAUGUUUUUAUAGAUAGACGCGAUGCAUGUGAAGCAAAAGUGGGCUAAAAAUAGAGAACUUGCAUAGAGAUAGUUACAUUAAUAGUGAACUAAAAUGUCGAACACCGUAAUAACAAAUUAUACGGACCUAAAUGGACCCUCAACAAAAACUGACAGCUCCGUUGUUGUUAUUGUAAACAAAGAUGGAUCUCUUUCCGUGGACCAAAAAUUACUUGGAACUUUAAUGGGAAGCGAUGGAUCCCAAGCUGCAGGGAUUAGUGUUGUACGAGUUGGACAUGAGGGUAGGCCUGAUGAUGCCACAGAUUCUGAAAACGAAGAUGAUAAAGUUCCCCAUGUCACAUUAUCUGUAGACAGCUACUAUGACGAACCAGAUAGUAUAAUAAAAUAUGAUAGUGGUGCAGAGAUGUUGCAAUCAUUAAGGAUAGAAACAAGAGAAAACAGCCUAGUUGGCUUUCAAAAUGAUCACUGUUAUACUCCUUUGACUUCUCCCAGUCAAACAUUACCGCAGCGAAGUGAAUCAUUCACAACAUAUGAUGAUCCUAUUAUUGAAAUUACACAUCACCCACCCCCAAAACCAGUGACAACACCUAAGAAAAUUACUAUAUUGGAUCAAAAAAUUAUUGCCAAGGGUAAAAAGCUCAUAAUCAAUCCAUUAGAGCCUAUUAAAGCUAAUGAAAGUCUCAAUAAACCAUUACCAGUAUUAUCAAAAUCGAAAGCUGUAAGUCAAGUUGAAAAAGCCUCCUUGAAGUCAAAAUUAGAAGAUAACACUGAGUCAUCUUCAGUAAGCUCUUCGGGUGACAGUGCUGCUGACAGAGAUUCUGAUUCUGACUAUAAAGAUACAAAGGAUAGAUCAGCUCCUCCAAAAUUACGUCGGCUAAAGACUAAGCCAAGAAUUUUAAAGAGUGUCCAAUUGGCUAAAGCUACAAAAGCUGAUCCAAAAACAGCAUCAAGAUUAAAAGCCGGUAAAAAUAUAUUAAGAAGAGAAAUUAAGGAGAAGGUGCUAAGUAAAAAUAUAAUUAUUAAGAAACAACCAGAGACUGAAGUAGUAGCACCAAAGGAAACUAUAAUUUCCAUGCCUACAUUGGUACCCCUAGCACAGCCAACUAAUGAUCUGACUAAAGUAACACCAAAAUUAGUUCCAAAAAUAAUCAAGAAAGAGAAGAAGACACCGGCUCAUGUAACGGCACUUUUAUCUGAUAUGACAUCAUUGUUUUCUACACCAGAUGUCAUUAGAAGAGUCUCAACUGAAACUAAGCCACCAAGCAAAGUUGAAAAAGAACCCAUUCCAGUCCCUAAAAAGCCUGAGACACCAAAAUCUCUCGAUUUAAAUAGUGACAAGACCAUUGAAGUUGCAAAAUCACUUGAAAAUGAACAUAAUAAGAUUCAGACAUCUAUAAAGACCUUUGUUAAGUCAACAAAACCUAACAUUCCUGAAAAAGUUAAAGCUUAUGAACCAAUACCACAGUUAGAUGAUGCAAGUUUAGCGCAAAUACUGCAAGACACAGCACCCCAUUCAUCGAAAGUUCAUUCGAACAUAACUGCUGCAAAUGUUAUUAAUAGUCCAAAUCUGACUGGCCCACUUUCACCUACUCUAGAUUUGUUGGCGGGAUUGCAACCAGAGGAAGAUGGUUUAACAGAAGAUUUGCUGAUGCAUGUUGCACAGCUUGUUGAAAGUUCUGAGAAUUUACAGGAAGUUUUAGAUAAACAAGUUCUUGGUAAAGUAGACACAAUUCCAGCUAAACUUGUUCCAAAUGAACAAGCUAAUACAUUUACUCAGACACAGCAACCACAAAUAGCAACACCACAGCAUGCAAUACAAACUCCGCCACAAGUGCAACAACAAAUGCCAAUACAGGCACAAACACAACCAACUCAUAGUUUGUAUUCACAAACCCCAGUGAAAAUAGCAAAAGCUGUGUUGCCACGGAAAGAUCCCAUAGAAAUAGUAAGACGAGAUGGCAGAGUUAUUACAUUACCACCAAUUGAAGCUCCGGCUACAAGGUCAUCAAAAAGAAAAACUCUAGUUGAACCUGCAGCUCCUGAAAUUGCAACCGCUUCCCCCAUACCACAAGAGAUAACUACCCCAGAACCAGUGGUUCAACAUGUGUCUAAGCAAUAUUCAAAUAAAAAGUUGGUUAAUAAGAAGGUUGAGCCAAUAAUACAAACACCAGUCAUUGAAAAAUCAGCAGAAUCUCAAGAAAGUUGGAAUUCUGAAGAUGAUCCUAAUAGAUUAUGGUGUAUAUGCAAGCAACCACAUAACAACCGCUUCAUGAUCUGUUGCGAUGGCUGCGAGGACUGGUUCCAUGGCAAGUGUGUGAACAUCACCAAGGCUAUGGGCCAGCAAAUGGAGGAACAAGGCAUUGAGUGGCGGUGUCCAAACUGUAUUAAGAAAUCUAAACCUCCUCCUAAAACACCUGCAAAGGCAACACCUAUACAAAAGCAAGUAGAGACUACACCACAAGCUACACCAGCAAAGGAAGGAGGGAAAUCAAAUUGUAUUGUUUGCAAGAAACCAGCGAGAGCAAGUAGCAUAUAUUGCAGUGAUAGUUGCAUAUUAAAACAUGCACAGGAUUCACUUGGUGUGCAGGGUGGUACGAAAACUAAUACACCUAGUGGCAAAAGUGCUGAGAAAGUUGCAGAAUCUAGGGUAAUUGUUUAUGAAAGGAAGUCAGGUAGGUUGUUAGCGGGACCAAAUGCACCUACUGCAGAAAAUCUGAAGAGCUGGUUGCAAAAGAAUCCAACAUUCGAAGUAGUAAGACCGGGCACACUCAGUGCUAUAAAACCAAAUAUUGCUCGUAAAAAAUCAAAUGAAAGCAAUAAAAUUCAAACUACACUUAACUUUGCAAAAAUACCCAGAAAAAAUACGGAACAACCGCAGCCUGUAAAAACUCCACAAUCAGAAACUAAAGAAAUAAAAGGAAAAUCUCUGCUUUCACCUCGGGAACAACAAAAAUUCUCUUUUGUACAAAAAGAACCGAAAGUUCCACUUACUCCGAAAGAGGAACCUAAACCUACACCAACGCCAAAAACCCCAGUGACACCCAAACCCCAACCUCAACCUGAGACUCCAAAAUCUUCAUUAAAUAGAAGCGGCACUGAAACACGAAAAAGUCGAGCUUUGAAUAGGUCUCAAUCAUCUAUUGAUAAGGCCGCCGUAGCAUCACCGUCGACAUCGAGACGGAAAGAUUCUCAUGAUAAAAAGAAAAUGGACUCAGAGGAGGAAAUACGAGAAAAUGUGAGGAAGGCUUUGCAGGAACAAAUCAGUUUGCGCAUGGCGGAGAGCGAUGGAUUCAAAUUCAGUGAAGAAGAAAUACAGCAAUACGCGUAUGACACGGAAGAGGAACUUUUCGAGUUGUUCAACCACGAUGUAGGGAUGAAAUAUAAAGCGAAAUAUCGAUCGCUUAUGUUCAAUAUUAAAGAUCGCAAAAAUCUAUCCCUGUGGGAGAAAAUAUGUGAACGAGUUUUAAAACCAAGCGAAUUGGUGCGACUUUCACCUGAAGAAUUAGCCAGUCAAGAACUCGCGCAAUGGCGGGAAGAAGAAUCAAAACAUCAGUUGGAACUUAUUAAAAAGUCUGAAAUAGAUCUGUUAGCAGCUAGCAAAACAUACGUUCUAAAAACGCACAAAGGAGAAGAGGUAAUGGAAACAAAAGAAUCAGUGUCAACAGAAUUGGAUCCAAAUGUGCCUGUUGAAGAUUUGGUUUCUGCUUUAAAUGACGCAGUCGGUGAUGGACUUCCACCACCAGCAGAAAAUGUACAGACGCCCAAAACAAAAGACACAAAGAAAAAAUCAAGCAAUAGUAAAAAGCGAGAAAAGGAAAAAUCAAAGUCCAAGAAAGACCGGGAAAGCAAACGGGAUUCGGAAAAGCGAAAGUCUAGGUCAUCACGAGGAUCGGAAGUGCAGAGAGAACACAGAUCUACACGACGGUCGAAAAAGUCGAGUAGGUCGUCGAGAUCAGAGUCAAAAGAUAGAUCGAGAACGGAAGAGAAGGAAAAAGUUGAGAGAGAACGUUCUAGACGACGGUCAAGAUCUCGCGGGAAGUCGAAGAAAAGGUCUAGAGAACGUUCUAGGUCCGCGUCCCGUGGGAGAGUUCGGUCACGGUCCAAGUCGCGGGACAGCGCUAAGCGUAGACACCGCUCGCGGUCGAAACACGCAAGCACUGAAGAGGCUAAACACCGAUCACGAUCUCAAGAGACUGUCAGAAAGAGUAAGAAUGAUUCUACAGAUUCAGAUUCAGUAGAGCGACCGAAGUCGGCCAUGAUGAAAGAAAUCCAUCCAGAGUAUGAUCCGCAUGAACCAAUGAUUACUUCAGCAUUUUCUGAAGAAGAUUUGCGGAAGUCAAGAGAGGAUAUCGAUGAGGAUAAUUAUAAGAAUGAAAUUAGUGAAUACGGUAAUGUGGAUGUUGAUCCAGAGAAAUCGUUUGCUAUCGACUCUGAUAUACCUCUGCCGACUUCUGUGUAUAAGGAAAAACCAUCAGCUGAAGUAGAAAGUGACCAGGAGCCCAGCAGUACGGUGGAGAACUCAGCAGCAACAGUAUGGAAUGGGUGCAUUAAUAUGGUAGACGUCGCUAGGUUCUAUGUCGCCGCACAUGAGGUUUCCGGUAUUGCGAUUGAUUUAGAAGAUGAUCUCACAGCAGAGCUAGAUAUUGUAGGAAGGAUAAACCCAGACACGGUUUGGGACUACAUCGGCAAAAUGAAGCGAGCCAGCAAUAAGGAUAUUGUGAUUCUCAGGCUACAGGCGGCAAACGAUGAAGAGAGAAUGCAAUAUAUAGCUCUGUAUAGUUAUUUAAGUAGUAGAAAUAGGUUAGGCGUAGUAAAAGUAACGAGCACGGCUACAGUGAAGGAUUUCUAUAUCGUCCCGCUAUCAGCGAACACUUCCCUCCCGGCGGUGCUGCUGCCGCUGGACGGGCCCGGCCUCGGCGAAGUGAAGACGCACUUACUUAUCGCCAUUAUCAUAAGACAAAGGAAAAAACGACUCGCCACACACAUUCCCAAAGAUAUCGUUCCGGCUAAGGUGGCUCGUGAAUCCCGCAAGAAGUCAUACACGCCACCGAUGUCGCCGCGCAACCGACCCUUGACGCUGCCCUCAUCGUACACGUCGUCUGCUCUCUCUUCUACUGUUAAGGACAAAAUUGCAGCUUCGUUGGCUGCCGCUGAUGACGACGAACCUUAUAGUCCGGGAUCAUCGAACAGCAGCAACAGUGCGCCCGCCCCGGCGAUGCCCACACACAACUUGCGGAAUAAAAUGGAAGAACUUAAUCGACAAAUAGAAGAGCAAAAACAGCAAAUCCUCAAAAUGGCACAAGCUGAUUCGUCGGUGAAGAGUGCAGAUAACGAGGCGUACUCUCCAUCCCGGCCGCUGUCGCCGGAGCCGGCCGCGAUGCCGCUGGCCGACAUCGCGCUGCCGUCGAACCUUCAAGAAAUUCUUGCCACCAUCAAACAGAGGUCGGAAAGUAACGCCGACGUCGAUAUGCGCACAAUUUCCAUGCCUUGAUCUAGCUAUAUCACAUCAAUUUAAUUUAAGCAUUGAUAAUAAUUAUAGUGUAUAAUAUUUUACGAUAGUAUUAGGUUAAAUAAUUAUCUUUAAUUCACAGAAAUAAUAAUAUAUAGAAGUAUGCAUAGCAUUAUGUUAUUGAAUUCACGAAUGUGUGCAAUAUGCAAACGACAUUUUAAAACUUCUGGACGUUAGGUAGAAUGGACUGUAAAAAUUAUUCGGUUUUAACUGUGGAAUCGGUUUAAACAAUUGAAAAUUGUGUUUUAGAUGCGUUUGAAAUGUUAUGUAUAUAAUUAGUAUACAUAUUCAGUGUUUUACAAGUUGUUUUAAUGUACAAAAUUUAGGUUAAAUAUUUUUACUUAAAAUAUACUUUUAAUUAUAAGGUUUAUUAUGUUGGAGAAAUGAAAUAAAUAUAUAAUAAUA